CUACUAACUAACUGAGUCUAAUUCUCGAAGGAAAACGUAUGGGGGCGGCUCAAGGAAUUUUGGAAAAAAAAAAGCUAUUGCCUGGGAGGAAGUCGACCUCUUUGAAUUUACUCACCUUUUCCCUUUUUCUGUUUCUCGUCGUUUCAUAUUCUGGGAAAGAGAGAGACAGCAAGGAAGCAAGAGAAGACAGCAAGCAGGCAACUUUCCAAUUUCCAUGGAGAACUCGCUAUCUGGGUCGAGGUCCUUCCGUCAGCUGGGGUGGAGUCCACACUGAUUUCUGGGUUUUGGUUGUUUGGUUUGCGGGAAAUUCAUUCAUGGCUCCACUGAUAUUUAGAGGCGGCAAAUGGUUCCAUGGAGAUGUUAAACUGUUAGGUAAAUUUGUGUAGCAGUCUUUGGGAUCAAGCUACUGUUUAUGUUGGCUGAGUCUUUAUCCAAUUUUUGCUCAUUUCUUCAUGAGACAAGUCUCCUUUGGAGCAGGAGUAACUGGCAGAAACUCUGGGUUCACUUUGGGGCAAAUCUCCUUUGGCAAUAUAAAUUUAGUUUCUGGAAGAAACACAUCUUUCAGAGGUGACAUAUAUAUUUAUAAGUGAAGACUCAGCUAACUGGCAAAUCUCCUUUGGCAAUUUCUAGAUCUUUAUUCCGUUCAUCAGUUACCUAGGCAGUCAUAAUUUAGGGGUGUCUUUAUUUCAUAAGAACUUUAUCAUUUGCUGCUCUUGCUAUAGCACAGGUCAUCUUUCCUCCUCUGUGCUUCAUUCAUACCUUUGGGGGGAAUAUGUGGCAUGUUGACUUUAUUUCACUUCUGUAGGAAAUCUCCACUGGAAGUUUCCUUCAGUAUAAACUUCAGUCCAUUUG